AUGCCGCGAAAUUAUGACAGCGACAAUGACGAGCCGCUUGAGGACAAUACGGCUGUGCUCGCACUCAAGAACAAGAAGACAGAGCGCCUGAAGCGUAAGAAUGUAGCGCGACAGCAGAAGCGUGACGCCAUUGUCAAUCUCUCAAAGUUGCCGACCGAACUACUGCUAGAAUGUCUCAAACACCUUUGCCCGCGCGAUGUCUUCAACGUCAGCUUUGUCAACCGGCGACUGUACGAGCUGGUUGAGGUGAAUGCGCAUGUCAUUGGCGAUGCCAUCAUAGCGCGCCGCUACAGCAUCCUUGUGGAAUGCUUUCCCACACCCAAGCUCCUCAGCGACGUCGAUCCAACUGUGCAGGCUCUUCUCACCGACCCCGGGCGGCAGACGCAACUCAGCAUACACAACCGACCGUACCAGCACAUCCAGUCGCCGGAUGCGCACCAGGUGUGUACGUGUCUGACAUGUAUUCUGACCUGGAACAAUCUCGGGCUGGCACUCGACUUUGCACAUUGGCAAGGCCAUCUUGACGCUGGCAUUCCAAUACCCACGAUACCGCGUGGACAGUGGCCCGAAUGGAAUAGGGAGCUUGUUGCGCGCCACGCCCGCAUCGCGCGCAAAGCGGUUGAAAACUCGCUGUGGCACGCCGCCAUCCUGGCACUGCACCUUGACAGCACGGUGCGGGCUAUACGGCGACACUCGAGGAACACAGGUAACCGGCGGAUGCACGUGGAAAUGACGGCAGCAGAGGCAGCAUCGGGAACGGAUGCGUUUCUAGCCAAGCAUGGACCACCGAGCCUGGAGUUUCCGUACCAAAGGGAUGAGUAUUACAUGCUUGAAGCAUACCUACCGAACCGGUGGUGGAAGAAGGCAGGGAAUUACUGGUUCUACACUAUAGCCGGUCAGCACGAGCGCGAUCUCGAGCUCGUCAAGCGGUUUACCAAAAGGUAA